CCUUCUAAAUUAAUCACUCUCAAAAUAAAACCGAAAGGAAACGCCACUUUUCUCUCUCUGCUUCUUUCCUUUAUUGUUUUCUAGAACAAUCCCAAAACGCCAUUGCAUGCCAUUGUCGGUUUUGUUGGGUAUAACAGUUUUUUUCUUCUGUUGGAAAAGUGAUCAAUAUCUACACUAGUGGGAAUUACACAAUUAAUAAUGGCGGUUCCAUCGGCGGUAACGAUGACGGCGUCGCCGGCUUCAUUGUACGUUGGGGACUUGCACCCUGACGUCCCUGACGGCCAACUCUUCGACGCUUUCUCUGAGUUCAAGAGCUUGGCCUCUGUCCGUGUGUGUAGGGACUCUUCUACAGGAAGGUCUCUUUGUUAUGGCUAUGUCAACUUCAUAUCUCCUCAGGAUGCACAUCAUGCUAUUGAGGCAAAGAAUCACAGUUUGCUGAAUGGAAAGAUGAUAAGGGUGAUGUGGUCACUUCGAGAUGCUGAUGCAAGGAAAAGUGGAGUGGGGAAUGUGUUUGUUAAGAAUUUGAGUGAUACGAUUGAUAAUGUGGGACUGCAAGAGUUAUUUCGCAUGUUUGGGAAUGUAAUAUCUUGCAAAGUUGCCACAUUUGAGGAUGGGAAGAGUAAGGGGUAUGGCUUUGUUCAAUUUGAGUUAGAGGAAUCGGCAAAUGAUGCUAUUGAGAAGCUUAAUGGCUCCACUUUGGGUGAUAAACAGAUAUAUGUUGGGAAAUUUAUGAAAAAGAGUGAUCGGGUAAUGCUAAGUCCUGAUGUCAAAUACACAAAUUUGUAUAUGAAGAAUUUGGAUGCAGAUAUCACAGAAGAGCUUUUGCAAGAUAAAUUUUCUAAGUUUGGGGAAAUUGCUAGCCUGUUUGUCGCAAAGGAUGAAAAUGGUUCCUCAAGAGGUUUUGGAUUUGUCAACUUUGAGAGUCCAGAUGAUGCCAAGCGGGCAAUGGAAGCGAUGAAUGGAUCACAACUUGGCUCAAAGGUUCUAUAUGUAGCAAGGGCACAGAAGAAAGCAGAACGGGAGCAAAUAUUGCGUCGUCAGUUUGAGGAAAAACGGAAGGCGCAGGUCAUGAAAUAUAAAGCUUCAAAUGUUUAUGUCAAGAAUAUUGAUGAUGAUGUGACUGAUGAAGAGCUAAAAGAACAUUUCAGUCAGUGUGGUACAAUUACUUCUUCAAAACUUAUGCGAGAUGACAAAGGAAUAAGCAAGGGGUUUGGAUUUGUCUGUUUCUCUACCCCUGAGGAGGCCACUAAAGCAGUUAGCACAUUUCAUGGACAUAUGUUUCACCGCAAGCCGUUGUAUGUAGCUAUUGCCCAAAGGAAGGAGGAUAGACAAGCACACUUGCAACUUCAUUAUGCGCAGCGUACGGCAGGAUUAGCAGGGCCUUCCACAGCUGUUCUCCCCGGAGGAUAUCCUCCACUCUAUUACACAGCUUCACCUGGCGUUGUUUCACCAGUACCUCCUCGGCCGGGGAUGAUGUACCAACCUUUAGGUUUGAGGGCAGGGUGGAGGGCUAAUGCCUUCACACCUCCAACCAGACCAGCCUUUCAACCAUCAUCACUGCCCAUGGUUCCUAGUGCUACAAGACAAACUAGGCAAAACCGGGCAAGGAUGAACGGGCAUGCUCUUCUGCAGGGUGGUUCUUACUCUGUGCCCCAAUUGCAACAGCCUGCUCAAUCGGGCACUACUUUGAAAGAUCAAAGCAACCAGCAGCGGGUUGGGCAAGCUAAAUAUGUGCCAAAUGGUCGUGGACGAGAAGUGAACAGGGGUUCGGGAGUGCCACCAGCUGCUUCCAAUUCUGUUGCAGCUGUAUCACAAGGAUCUGAGACGCUGAGUAGCAUGCUUGCUGCCGCUUCCCCUGAGCAGCAAAAAACAAUUCUUGGUGAACGACUCUACCCCCUUGUUCAGAAACACCAGCCUGAUCUGGUUCCGAAGAUCACAGGGAUGCUUUUAGAGAUGGACAACUCUGAACUGCUUCUUUUACUAGAGUCACCAGAAUCCUUGGCUGCCAAAGUGGAGGAAGCUGUGGAGGUUCUCAAGCUCUCAAAUGCUAAAGUGUCUGGCCAAGAUGCCCUUCAUCCAAGUUUCCUGUCUGCUGAAGUUGCAGUUAACUGAAAAAAAUGGCAGUUGUCUUUUUUUUUUUUUGUUUGCAAUUACAGUAUAGGGAUAUUGAUAUUGUUAAAGGAUGUUGUCUUGGUGCCAAUUUUUUUGCUUAUAGAGAUGCAAUGCAAACUACUAUUUUACAUCAGAGGUUUAAAAACCCUAUACUAUGCU